GCGACGGAAGUAUACGGUGAGAACCUCUCCUUAGCGUCAUGUUUCCCACAGGAAUAGUGUUUUUGACGUCCUGCUUAUGUUUGUCAAUGAGUUCAGCCGAAGAUGUCAGGAUGUCUGUCAUGAUGCUCAGCGAGCAAGUCCGCGACUUACAGCAACGGCAAGAAAGAAGCAGCCUCGAAAUGGGAAGAGAUUUUGCAGAACUGGCGGAAGACAUAGCUAGGAUUAAAGAAGUCAACGACGACAGAACCGGCUUCUUCAACAAGUUGGUUACAGAAUUCUCCGAGCGAAAGGACAACUUGAGGAUGAAACUCAAAGAAGCGUCUUCUUCCGUGUCAAAAAUAAUUCGCACUCUUCAAAGGCGCCAAAGACGGCGCGUUCCUCAAGAACAUGGCGAUUCCGAUGCGCGACGAAGAAACUACGACAUCGAGCCCUACUUCAGCCGCGUCACGGAUAAAAUUGCAGACUUGGCUGUCGAUGUCCAGGGACUCUUGCACGACCUGAAAAGAAAGUCUGUGGUCAACGAGAACUGUUUCAAGAGGUCCAGAACAGCGAACGCCAUGUCUCGCCUGGUUACAGCGUGGUGUCCACCCGUAUUUCGCGACACAGGAAAACGGACCUGCGCCGAGUUGUUGAAGGGUGGCCAUCGUGAAGACGGUGUUUACGCCACGCGUCUGGGCGAUAAGACGGUGCCUACGUUCUGUGAUAUGAGUACGGACGGCGGGGGAUGGAAUGUGCUCCUGAGGUCUCACUCUCCAACAAUCACCAGCUCCGAAAAUGCUAGUGGCGUCAACCACUUGUGGAACCCGAUCGGUGACUUGUCCCUGGAUUUCUGGUGGGGCUGGAAAAACGUUCUCCUCCUCACGCACUCUCAGCUCGUGGAACUCAACGUCACCUUUAUACGCCCGCUGCAUGCGAACCACACUGAUGAGGAGUACCCGGCCACACGACAGGCAGUCACCAUUGAACGGGACGGUAACAGUUAUAUCCUGACCUCGGUGUUCGAAGAUGAUGUCGUUGUCAACAAGACUGCGAGAGUUAUGAAGCUCACGGGAGAGAAUGUCCAGGUCUACAACGAAGAUGGAAGAAAAAUAGCGGAAUGUCCAGCGGCAGUUGAGAUGAGGGUUUACCUUGCGGAAGAGGUUGUUAAUUUAGAUUUAAAGUGUCUGGGUGUGUUCUUCACUGGGAGAGAGAUUGGAUAUUAUGGUAUCGUGGUAAGGGUAAGACCGAUAUUGCCCGCUGCUUGCGUGUCUUGUUCAAGUGGCAACGAGGAUAUAGCGUCAGAGGUGAUCACUAACCCUUGGAGUGAGUAUCACAGGCACGGUGAGAAUAUGGCGUCGUGGUCUCUCAGUUCGCUCCUUGUAACAACGUUCGCGGUUUUCGCUGCUGCUCAAAACCGACUCUACUCGAGGAUAGAUGAAGUGGAAGGCAUCAUCAAAGAUGUGCGGGACCAGAUACAAGCCGACAGUAACCUGCGAAUGACACAGGGAGUUCACCUACAACUGACUGUGGACAAGUUGCAGAAGCAGGUGGAAGAAAUGUCUGGCAAGGUGAACUCUAUGAGCAAGAGUGGAGGUGCGUCAAUACCUAGCGAUGUCAACGCGCGACUCCGUAGUCUCGAGUCAACGCUCAACUCUCUACAGGGCGAUGUGGGCGUCAAGGUGGAUACGAGCCUGGAAAAACUGCACCAAGUUGAAUCCCAGACGGCGAGGAUGAAAGACGAGAUGGACAGCAAGUUGAGGAAGGUGAUGAACGGUAUCAAUACGAUAUACGACAUGAACAAAGAGAUGAAGUCGUCGAUGUCCGGUGGAAGUUCCGACUCGUCGCCCAGACGCGAACAAGAGGUUAUCCCGAGCGGCCAAGACACCAGCAUCAAUUUCUUGAUCGAUACCAUCGAGGACACUCAACGCACAGUGCAGGAAAAAAUAGAUGUGCUCAAGAACCAGCUGGGGAGAAAGCUCGAGAGUCUGGAGGUGUUGACUAGUAGUCUCAUGCAACAGAAUGAAGCCCUUAUUACUGAGCUGGAUCGUAUGAAGAGCUGCGCAAGUAGAGAUGUACAACAACAGGCACCGACACCAGCUAGUUACGCCCGAGGAAGCCGCAACAGCUGGAAUGAUUCGGCCGACGUUACAAACAGAGUGCUCCUGGAGCUCAAGGUGAGCCAGUUGGAGAUGAAGAACGACUUCACCAAAAUGAUGAAGGAAGUAGAAGGAAGUCUUGAGAGUAUUAAGCAGUGUAGUUCUGUUGAAAGAGGUGAAAGAGGGCAGAGGCGUGUCGCUGAUGAGAGAGACUUGGACGCAGCAGCGAGUGUUGGGCAGCCGAGAAAGGUUCAUGAAGUAGAAGAGCCGACUCAGUCAGCGCAGAGUGGAAAAUGCGUCACGGCGUCGCACAUGAUGAACCCGAAGAACUGCGCGGACCUUAGCGAGGGCGGAGCGACUUGCGAUGGCGUCUACAUCGUCUACACUCAUGGCAUUCGUGCUUUGAGGGUCUACUGUGACAUGGCGACUGACGGCGGCGGAUGGACGGUAAUCAUGCGCCGCGGCAAUUACACCAACCUCCCUCUCAGUUUCAAUCACGACUGGAAUGGCUACAAACACGGCUUCGGUGAUCUCGAGAGCGAGUUCUGGCUGGGCAAUGACAAUAUCCACAUGCUCACCAAGGAAAACCCCAUGGAAGUCCGCGUCACCCUGGAAUCGUUCGACGGCGAGACCGUGUCCUUCGACUACGAUGACUUUCUGGUGGGAAGCGAAAGCGAGAACUACCGACUCAGGGUUGGAAACUACGCGGGCACAAACUCGAGGGUGGGAAACAGCUUCCGACGCCACAGCAACCAGGUCUUCAGCACUCCAGACCGUAGCCCAGUGAGGAACAAUAACUGCGCGGCUUCACACAGGGCAGGCUGGUGGUUCCAUAGCUGUAUGAGUGUUCUGCUGACAGGGGAUUAUGCGUCCGAGAGAAAUUCGCCUUCGAACCGAGGAAUCCGUUGGCCUUCCUGGAAGACAGUGCCCUUGAAGUACGUCGAGGUGAAGAUGAGGCCCAAGGCUUUUGGACGACAGUAAGAAAGGAACAAUGCCACCUGUGGUGUUUUUAAUCGAGAACUGCAUAGUUGCCAGUUGCCAUGGUCAAUUUGUCGUCAGUGUAUCGUCGGUUUAUACAGCACUACCAGAGUUAGCAGCGCUUCAACCGAGACCAUACGUGAGGUGCACCUUACUACUUACUAGUAAUUCCUUGCCCUUUGGUCCUGUCUUUGGCAGUCCUUCGGAAAGCUACAUGGGUUUCUACAGCCGGAUUCAAACCUUAUUAUUAAAUUGAGGAUUCCUAACAAUGAGGCAAUGACCUCAUUGUGACCUCAUUGAAAAAAUGUUUGCCCAGCCAUGUGGUCGUCAACGCGAUUUGCGCGACGACAGAGCGCGACAUCUACUGCAACCUCACUGUAUAUUGUCAUUACCUCCUACACAGGGCAUUUUCUGUUAGCUGCACCAGAUUUUUAUAUAUGUAAAAAAGGUAUAGGUAUGAGAGCAGCAUACAUGCAGUUUUUGCAGUUGUGUUAUAUGGCAAGGCCUCCUCACAGGCCUCCAGACGUCCUCUCGAAGAAAGUAUGUAACCUCUAGAUGAAUAAUUACCUACAAUUUAAUAAUUAACUCUCUAAUUAGGGGCUUUCGGGCAAAAGUGAGAUAGCAGGAUUGGAGACAGUCCUCGUUUAAGGACAUUCUAUUUUUCAAGAAUCCUGAAACGGGUGCGUACGUUGAAAUAUCCAUUGCCGAAUUUUGCUAUGCAAAGGAGCAAAUAGACCGAAAAGCGGGGAUCAAAAGCGCAGAAAGGACAGCGCUCGUUCCAGGUCAGGGGGUCACGUGGUCUGGAACGAUCGACAUGAUUGGAGCAGGUGUUGAUCUGCUGGCCAGAUAAGCUUCGACGGCGAAUGUAAGGCCUACUGAGGUGCGCGCUUUCUGUUCCGGCUCAUAUGCAUAGCAAAAUUCGGCAAUGGAUAUUUCAACGUACGCGCUCGUUCCAGAAUUUUUAAAAGUAGAAUAGCUUUCAAAGAGAACUGUUUCCCAUUCUGCCAUCUUCACUAACUAAGGAGUUAAUUAAUUAAUCGUAGGUAAUCAUUUAUCUAGCGGCUACAAACUCUGUUGAGGAGGUCCGCAUGGCCGUGUAAGUCAACUACAAAAACGGCACGUAUGCUGCUCUCAUAUAUUUUUAACAAAAAAAUUAUGGUGCAGCAAAAAAAAAAAAAAAGAAGAGAAAACGCAUAUAACGGGCUAUGGUAUUGUUUGUUCUUUGCUGCGCUUCCGUACAUUACGUUCCUUGCACGUGCGAGCAUCGACUAUCGCAUCUCUGUCCCCAUGUAAAUAUUUCAAGGCUGAUACAAAUAAAGAUGUGACAAAAACUGC